AUGGCAGAGAGCAGGCCUGUCAUCGUCAUCGUGCCAGGCGGCUUUUGCAGUCCCGAGGUCUACCAACCCGUCGGCCACAUCCUGGAGCAAGACGGUUUCACCGUCAUCAUCCCAAGAUUGACAGUCACUAAAAAUCUCACUUCUAAAGAUCCUGCAAGCCCGGAGUUCAAAGAGUUGGCCAACAAGGGUCUUCUCGAUGAUGUUAAAGAAAUCCACGAGCGGCUAGCUUCGGAGUUCGGCAAAGGGUCUGAGGUGGUCAUAUUUGGACACAGCUACGGAAGCCUCCCCAGAUUGCUCGCCAUUGAAGGGCAUACGGUUGAGGAGCGUCAAGCGAAAGGUCUUUCUGGCGGUAUCAAAGGUUAUGUCGCGGUAGCCGGAUUUGCAUAUGCUCAGAGAGGGAAGAAUGCCAGAGGCGACACGGAGCCAGCACCACCAAUGCCAUAUUUCGAGCACGAGGAUGGAAUCUUUCACAUGACAGACGCCGCAAAGCCUCUCUUCUUCAGCGAUCUUUCCCCCGACAAACAAGAUGAAGCUUGGAAACUUGUCCUAGGAAGUCAAAGCCAAAAGAGUCUCAGCGACGUAUCUGAGUUUAUCAACUCUGACGUCACGAUUCCCAAGACAUAUGUCUUGUGUGAAAAAGAUCAGACUGUUCCUCCAGAGCUACAAGAGAUGCUUAUUCAGGCUGGGGGGUUUGAUCAGGUUGAGAAAUUGUCUUCGGGUCAUUUUCCUUUCGUGAGCAUUCCUGAAGAGACGGCUAAACUGUUUGCGCAAAUUGCUUUGCGAUGA